AUGUGGGAACCUGUUUCUAUCCCUUUCCAAAGCGAUUCUUUGUCUCUGCCUCUGCCUCUGCCCACCAUAGAUGAGAUCCGGACUUGCCCCAACAUCUUAUGGGAAUGCUACUCCUCUAAAGUUGUAGCAGUGAAUGAUGCGGUUGUUGUCAAAUUUGGUAGGAUGGUAGACGCUAGCGAGGGCCAGGCGUUGAUUUACCUGGAACGAUAUGCUCCAGAGAUUCCAGCUCCUCGAUUGUACGCGAUGUUCAAGAGCUCUAGCGAGAUUUUCUUAAUAAUGCAGCGGGCACCUGGGAUACAGCUUGAUAAAAUCUGGCCAUCAUUAACCGAGUCUGAAAAAAUUGAUAUCUCAAUCAAACUCCGUCAAGUAUUUGAUGAUAUGCAGCAAGUCAAGUGCCCAUGGCCUGAUUUCUUUGGAGACUUGGGUGGUGGCGGCGUACAAGACCACCUAUUCUACAGCCCAGAUACCGCCAACCGAUACCUGGGACCUUUCUACGGUGAAGCUGCUUUUAUUGCCGGCUUUAUUGAUGACCAAAGUGGUCGAUCCUUCGAUAUUAUACUCGUGGACUGGGCAAAUGCAGGUUGGUACCCAGGUUACUGGGAGUUCUUUCGUGCCGCAUCCCCAAUGGGAUUUGAAUACGGUGAAGAUGACUGGUUCUGGCGAGCACAAGAGUUUCUACAGGUGUGGCCUGCUGAAUUGGCUUUAAUGAGAAUGAUCGACAAAGACAAUCGGGGUUAUUAA